UUUUUUUUUUUUUCACUAUACAGUUGAAGAGACUGCUGCAGGCAGGGAGAUACUGCAUGAGCACAGAGCAUUGCAGCUCUGACCGUGCAUCCUGCACUUAGCAUCUGCUCACUGCAGACUGGAACGGGGAAGCGGAGAUGCUCUGCUGAUCAGUAAGGAACUUGCAGUAUUGGCAUACGUCCGGCAGCUUAAGCCUUCAGUAAGAAGGACAGGACCCGUUUGAAGAAAUUAAAAGCAGCACCAACAUCGUGACAGGUCUGCUUUUGUUUGGGUGCCAGGCGGCAGUGACUCAGCCAUCAGCAGCCGAGACGAUGCUUUAGAUAUUCUCUAACAUCCUGAAGCUAAACUUGGUGUGAACAUUCCUUCAGCAAAGGAUCCCCAGCAGAGCCAACAUGGCUACCUCUCGGCUAGUUAGUAGAAACACAAGGGACAUUGCAAAUGUAAUGCAAAGGUUGCAAGAUGAACAAGAGGCAGUCCAGAAGAGGACCUUCACAAAAUGGAUCAAUUCACAUUUGGCAAAGCGGAAUCCUCCAUUAAUAAUAAAUGAUCUCUUUGAAGAUAUAAAAGAUGGAACAAAGCUGCUUGCAUUGUUGGAAGUCUUGUCUGGACAAAAACUGCCGUGUGAACAAGGGAGGCAAAUGAAGCGCAUUCAUUGGGUGGCCAACAUUGGUGCAGCUCUAAAGUUUUUGGAAGGAAGACGGUCUGUAUACAGAGGAUCCCCGAUUAAACUUGUGAAUAUAAACUCAACAGAUAUAGUUGAUGGCCGGCCAUCCAUUGUACUUGGUUUGAUAUGGACCAUAAUCUUAUAUUUUCAGAUCGAAGAAUUAACCAGCAAUCUUCCACAACUUCAUUCACUGUCCAGCAGCACAUCUUCUGUUGACAGUGUGGUGGGAUCUGAGACUGGGAGCCCCCCAACCAAGCGAAAAGUUGUUAAUAAAAUUCAGGGAAGUGCCAAAAAAGCCCUGCUGAGAUGGGUGCAAUACACAGCAGCCAAGCGCCUUGGAAUCGAAGUAAAAGAUUUUGGGCCAAGCUGGAGAAACGGCUAUGCUUUCCACUCAAUGAUAUAUGCAAUCCGGCCAGAAUUGGUGGACAUGGACAAACUAAAAGGAAGAACCAAUCGUGAAAAUCUAGAAGCUGCUUUUUCAAUUGCAGAACUUGAGUUGGGAAUCCCUAGGUUGCUAGAUCCUGAAGAUGUUGAUGUUGACAAGCCUGAUGAAAAGUCUAUCAUGACCUACAUAGCCCAGUUCCUAAAACUCUAUCCCAAUCCUGAGAACGCAGCAGCAGAUGGUCAGGAAGAUGAUAGGGAAAACAGGUUGGUGCUUCGAGACUUGAAGAUUUGGAUUGAACAGUUUGAAAGGGACAUCACCAGGGCACAAACAGUAGAAAGCAGUUUACAGGACAAAUACCAGUCAUUUAAACAGUAUCGAGUGCAGUAUGAAAUAAAAAAGAAACAAAUUGAAAGUGCUAUUCAGCCGUUGGGUAAAGAUGGAAAAUUAUCACUCGAUCAAACAAUGGUGAAGCAAGCAUGGGAGAAGGUUUCAGCAAGGAUUCUUGAUUGGCACGUACAACUUGAUAAGUCCCUCCCUGCUCCCUUGGGAACCAUUGGAUCCUGGUUAUAUAGAGCUGAGACUGCACUCAGGGAAGACAUUAUUAUCCAGCAAUCUCAUGAAGAAACAGCAAAUAUCAUACACAGAAAACUAGAGCAACACAAGGACGUACUCAAGAAUCUGGAUGGUUAUAAAAAGGCUUUUCAGGAGAUCCACCGCGCGCGAUCUGUCAACGGUGUCCCGGUUCCCGUAGAGCAGCUGGAAGACAUGGAAGAAAGGUUCAGCUUUGUAGCUUCCUCUUCCCAGCUCCAUAUGAUAAAGUUAGAAUUCAUGGAAUUAAAGUAUCGCCUCUUAGCGCUGUUAGUCCUGGCAGAGUCUAAGCUAAAGUCCUGGAUAAUCAAGUAUGGCAGAAGAGAGUCUGUGGAACUGCUUCUGCAAAACUACAUUACUUUUAUUGAUGGCAAUAGGUUCUUUGAGCAAUAUGAAUUUACCAGCAAGUCCCUUAAGCAAGCAGCUGAUAUGUAUGUGAAAGCUGAUGGGUCAGCUGAAGAAGCUGAAAGUGUGACAAAGUUUUUGAACGAGACCACCGUUCAAUGGAGAAACCUAUCAGUUGAAGUGAGGAGUGUCAGAAGUAUGCUCGAGGAAGUAGUUGCCAACUGGGAUAAGUACAGUAAUACAGUAGCUAGUUUGCAAGCCUGGCUGGAGGAUGCUGAAAAGAUGCUAGACCAACCAGAACAUGCCAAAAAGGAGUUCUUUCGCCAUUUGCCUCACUUGAUCCAACACCACACAGCAAUGAAUGACUCUGGCAAUUUCCUCAUUGAGACUAGCGAUGACACUGUCUCUAAAGACAUCAAGCAGCAGCUCUUACUCCUCAAUGGGCGAUGGAGGGAGCUGUUCAUGGAAGUCAAGCAUUAUGCUCGAGAAGACGAAUAUGAAAGAGCAAAGAAGGAAUAUGCAGAUGGUGUUAUAGCAUUAGCAGCAUUUGCAGAAGGAGGCAAUGAAAGAAUCUCCAUACCUUUUGAAGUGUCCUUCUUAAAUGUCAAGAUGUUUGUGCAGGAUUUAGAGGAUAUCAAACAGAAAAUGCCUAUUAUUGAAGCUCAGUAUAAGUCAAUUACGAGGAUGGCACAGCUUCUCACAAAGGAUUCUCCUCCAUCAGAAGCCAAUGAGAUGUUGGCAGCUGUGUCAAGAAUAAAAGACCAACUAAAUAAAAUACGGGAGCGAUAUCCUCCUCUUCUUUAUGAAUCGCAGCAACUUCUCAGUCCGCUUGGAGAAUUUGAGAACCAGCUGACCAUAUUUUAUGAGUCUCUUGAGAAAUUGAGCGAAGUUAUUGCAGUUUCGGACAUGGAUUUACAAUCCACUUCUAUUUAUAAACAAAAGCAUCGGGAUCUAUUAACCUACCAAGAGAAUUGUAAAAAGGCAUUGGUCACAAUUGAGAAGAAUGGCCAAGCUAUCUACAAAGCGUUGACAUUAAGUAAAUCGUUGCACCAUUUUGACCAGUCUGGUCUCCAGAAGAAAAUCGCAGAUGCUCAGUCUGCAUUCCAGACUAUGGCAAAGAAAAUAUCAGAAUGGAAGAAAAAUGUAGAGUCUAAUAAUAGUAUGAUGAAGAAUUUUGAAGAGUCCAGAGCAGAACUUGAGAAAGUACUAAAAACAUCAGAAGCAUACUUUAAAGAGAAAGGGAACCCUGAAGAAUUGCUGAAGAAGCACACUGAUUUUUUUGGACAAUUAGAUCUGAAGGUGCUUAACACUUUCUUGAAAGCUUGUGAUGAACUGACCGAUAUCCUCCCUGAAAAAGACCAGCAGUCACUCCAAGAAACUGUCCGGAAAUUACAUAAACAAUGGAAGGAUUUUCAGAGUGAAGCUCCCUACCAUCUACUACACCUUAAAAUUCAGCUGGAGAAGAACAGGAUUCUAGGCACGGUUGAAGAGUGCAGAGCGGAAUUGGCUAGAGAGAACAAAAUGCUGCCCGUAGAUGGCAGCGAAAAGAUAAUUAAAGAGCAUAGGACAUUUUUUGGUGAAAAAGGCUGCUACCAAUUGUGUGAAAAGAGGCUGCGACUGAUUGAGGAGCUAUGUUUAAAACUACAAGAAGGAGACCCAGUGAAAGGAGUGUUAGAACGCAGCAGAGAAGUCCUGAAAGAUCUGAAAGUACAAAUUGAGAGUACGCAUCUAAAAUUGAUGGACCAUCCAGACAAAUGGAAGGAUUACAAGAUCAGAUUGAAUGGUUUGGCAGACUGGCUUGUGGCAAAGGGCAAGCAAUUGAAGCAAAUUAAAAGUGGGAUCACAGAUGUUACAAAGUAUGGACAAUUAAAAGCUUCAGUACAGGAAAUCAGGAAAGAUGUUAAAAAACAAGAAGAAAAUCUCAGGUAUCUAAAUGAAAGACUCACCGCACUUACUGACGUGUCAGUGGAGACAGAAGUGAGAAAACAAAGCACUGAUCUGUCCAGACUUUCUACAGAUCUGAAAGUACUUCUCGAUUCUCUCACAGAGACUGAGAAGAUCUUAAGUACUGUUGGAGAUUGUGUACAGUGCAAGGAAGAAGUGAAGCACGUCCUCAGUGAGUUACUUUCCAGUUCUAAAGAUGUCCAGUCUGAAGCUGAGAAGAUACUAAAUGCAGAAAGCUUUGAAGAGGCUCAGGAGCUCUUUCUCCAUUAUGAGAAAGAAAUAAAGAAAAUACAUAUGAAGAAGCAGGAUAUUCAGCUUCAGAUUGCACAUGCUAAGCAGAUACAAGCUGAGAAGGGAAUACCCAUAGACAUCCAAGAUGACCUAGCAAAGAUGGAAGCUGAACUGAACACUGUGGAAAAGACAAUGAUAGAGCAAGAAGAAAGCUUAAAGGACACAAUACACAGCUGGGAGGAUAUAGAAAUAGGCAAAGAAUCAAUUACCCGGCAGCUUAAGCAAAUUGGGCCUUCUCUUGAGCGGCCUCUGAACUUUGGAACACUGGAGAAUUUGUCAUCAGAACUUCAGCAGACUAAAGAGGUGUGUAAACAAAGUGAAGAUGUCUCAGUUCAAGCUGAAAGUCUAGUGAUAAAAUCAUCUGAGAUAAAUUUAGGAGUGAAGAGCAAGCACCACCUUCAGGAGAAAACUAAAUUGAUUCAAGACAAUGUGAAGCACGUGAAAGAGGUCCUGUCUGCAAACGUAAGUAAAAUGGAAACCAUUAAGCAAAAUUGGGAGAGGUUUGACCAUGACUUUGAGGCACAUUCCACAUGGAUUUCAGAAAAGGAAAAAGAACUAAGUAACCUAGAACUAUCCAGUGUUUCACCAGAGAUCCAAGUUGCACGAAUCCAGGAAAUUAUUAAGGAGCUUCAGGAUAAAAGCAAUGAAAUAGCAGACCUUGAAGCCCAGUGUCACACCUUUGCUGAAUUUGUUAGCUCUGCAGAGAUGGCGCGUAUAAAAGCUCGGCUGUCUCAGAUGGUCAAGUAUUGGGAUGGGCUCAAAGAACAUGUGCAACGACUGGAAGAAAGUAUCCUGGGCAAUGCUGAACAGCAGCAGAAGUUUGAUGACACAGUGAAACAGGUACAGAAUUCUUUGGAGAAAAUUGAAGCGUCCCUGGCUUGUCCUAUAAACAACUGCUCCUCUGCAGCAGAAACUUAUAAAGUUCUGCAUUCCCAUCAGGAUCUCUGUCACGAUGUUGAAAUGUUGAAGAGCAGUAUCAAUUCUCUGACAUCUGUUGCCCGUAAACUCACAAAUAAAGAUAAGGCAGUACAGAUGAUCUCAGGCUUUCAGAUUCGAGUCGAAAGUACCGGGACAAAAGCUAAAGAGAGGCAUGCAUUGCUGGAGCAAUUAUUAGCAAAUUGGCAGAGACAAGAAAGGGACUUUUCCUCCUUUAUGACCUGGCUGGAAGGAGGUGAAACAUUGGUCUCUCCACAACAAGGACAGGUUUCGGCAGAUGUAGUAAAACUGAAAGCUGAACUGCAGACAGUCCAGAAUUUGCAGUCUGAGUUACCAACUCAAUCGCAGCGCCAUACAGUCCUUGUCCAGUUGUGCGCAUCUUUAUAUCAAACUUCCCCUGAAAAUAGUGUACAGGAAACCAGGGACCGCCUAGAGGAUAUGACCCAAAGAUGGAAUGUUCUACCUGAAGCCAUUUCUAAAAGGAUUAGAGUUCUGGAGUCUGUUCUAGGUGAACAUCAGAAAUUUGAUGAUUUAUUACUUGAAUUCUCACUCUGGAUUAAACAGUUCCUUAAAGAACUACAAGAUUCUGGUGAAAUAAACACAUCUGAUCAUGAAACUGCACUGUCUAUAAACAAGAACCAUGUAGGAGAGUCUAAAAGGGAGCAGGAAAGAAUACAUCAUCUGGAGGACCAGCUUAACAAAUUGUGCUCUCUGACCAGUUUGGAAGACCAUUCAGUAUUGCAAGGAAGGGUCAGAGAUUGUGUACAAUUCUUUGAAGAAGCAAUACAAAUUACAGAGCGACGCCAAAACUCUCUGUCCAAGUUAGGGGACUUCUUACACAUGCACAAGGACUUAUUGGUUGUUGUCCAUAAUUUAAAAGACACAGUAGAAGGAUCUAACAACCUGGAUAAGGAAUCUUCUGGGUCUCUUGAGAAAGAGAUAAACAAUGUUGUACAGGGAAUUGAUGAAUUAACAUCUAAGUCUGUAGGUUUAGAUGCAGCACUUACCAAAGCACAAUACUAUCUGAAAAGCUCUGCUACCGAGCAGAGGACUUCCUGCAGAGCACUAGCUGAUAACCUAAACCUGGAACUGGAGAAAGUUCAGACAUUCUUGGGAACAAAACUAAGCGAGGCAGAGGCUCUUGGGGCUUUGUGGAAAUCCUUUAUUGAUUGCAGAGAAAAGUUGCUCAAGACUGUUGAGGACAUUGAAGAAAAGGCAGACAAUGACGAGAUGAAAGAGCCAACACUAUCAUCGCUUCAGCAAAGAUUGAAAUUUUUCAAUGAAUUGGAGGAGGAAAUUAACUCUUAUCAACAUGAAAAGCAGUGGCUGAUGGACAAAGCAAAGCAGAUAGCACAACAGGAUUUAUCUCUGGCUGCAGAAGCAGAUAAAGAACUGAAUGGACUAACAAUAACUUGGGAGGAUACCAAAAAGCUCAUUAGUGAUAGUCAAGAACAAUGUGUGGUUCUUAUUGAGCUAAUAAAAGAUUAUGAACAUCUGAAGUCCACUAUUACUAAAGUUAUAGAAAAUGCAGAAAAUAUGAUCUCUAUAAAAUCAACUUUAAAAGACCAGGAAGACGUUAGACGUACCAUCGCAAAACACGAAUCGGCCAAGAAUGAACUGAGUGAGAAACAGAAAGAGCUGGACGAGUUUACUAACAAAGGGAAACAUUUACUGGUUGAGCUGAAGAGAGUCCAUGGCUGCGACUCGAGCUCAGUGAGGAAAGACAUGGACUACUAUGUGGAUCAGUGGCUUGACGUCCUGGAAAGAAUAGACGACAACCUGCAAAGGCUGAGUGUGAGCCUGUCCUUAUGGGAAGAUGCCUUGAGCAUUAGUGAUGAAAUUGAUGGAUGGUCUAGCAGUUCCAUUUCUCAGAUGAAUGAGAACAUCACCAACUUGAACAGCAGUCAACAGAUGAAAGCUUUUCUUGCAGAAUUCCAGACUGAAGUCACAAAUAAAGGACAGAAAUUGGAAGAAUUUCACUCCAAGGUUUAUGAACUUAAAGAUCUGACAAAGAGCCAGGAGCCCCCAGCAGAGCUACAGUUCAUGGAAGUAGCUUUAAGGCAGAAAUUAGAACAUGCUAAAGAAGUGUCUCAAGUGGCCAAUGGAACGCUAAAUGACUUCAAUACUCAGAAAAUGCAGCUGGAAACAUUCAUUGACCAGAUGACCGACUGGUUGAAUAAAGUUGAAGAAUCAAUUUUAAAAUUUACCAACAGCCAGGAACCUGACGAUCUGAAGAAACUGAAGGACAUGCAGAAAGAACUUCAAUCCCAACAAACCAGCAUUGAUAGCACGCAAGAGAAUCUCAACAGCCUCUGCCGGCAGUUUCGUUCCACGGAGCUUGAAGUUAUUGGGGCAGCGGUGACAGCUCUAGUAAAGAAAUAUGAAGCCGCAAACCAGCUCUGCUUUAAAACACAAGCUGUUCUUCAGGAGACAUUGGAAAAGCGAUUCAGUGAAUCCAUGAAUGAUUUUGAAGAAUGGCUUGAAGGAGUAAAAAGAGGGGUUAAAGGCUCUUCUGACUGGUCUGGCGAUAGCAAAACCUUGGAAGCCAAAAUACAACAUUUACAGAAUAUACUGGACUCAGUCAGUGAAGGUCAGAGUAAAUUGGAUGCUGCCACUGAGGAAGGAGAGAAACUUUACUAUUGUUUGCCAAAGCCAGUUGUGCUCAGUAUUCAGGACAAGAUAUCAAAAGCGGAGAAAGAGUUUCAGAGUGUGAAGAAGCAGUGUCUCAAGGACAAGCAGGCCCUAGAAGACUGUGUCUUGGAGCUUGGGAGCUUUGAAGACCAACACAAAAAGUUAAGUUUGUGGAUUCAUGAGCUUGAAGAGCGGAUAAGGACAGAAAAUCUUGGAGAGAGCAAGCAACACAUCCCCGAGAAGAAAAGUGAGAUGCAUAAAGUGGAGAUGUACUUGGAAGAGUUACUGGCUGCACGGGAAUCAUUUGAGAAACUUUGUCAGCGAGCUCAAGUACUUCAUGAAGAUGGACGGGGUGAUGGGCAAGAAGUACGCCUGUCAUCUCAGCUUCUCACAAAUUACCAGACCCUGGUGAAAAUGAUAAAGGAGAAGCUCCGUGUCUGCCAGGUGGCUCUCCAAGACCACCAGAUUUUUGAGGAGGCUUUGCAGAGUACGUGGUCAUGGCUGAAAGAUAUGCAAGACAGGUUGUCCACCACGGAGAGUACAGUGGGUAGUAAAAGCACACUUGAGAAACGUCUACAACAAGUUCAGGAAAUACUACUGGUUAAAGGUGAAGGCGAGGUGAAGCUGAACUUGGCCAUUGGUAAAGGUGAGCAGGCUCUUAAGAGCAGUAACAUGGAUGGACAGAUGGUAAUCCAGAUGCAGCUACAAACAUUAAAGGACGUGUGUGGAACUGUCAAUGGCACAGCCACUAGGUGUCUCAGUGGUUUAGAGUCUGUGAUCAACCAGUGGAAUGAACAUAUGGAAAGGAAAAGUCAGAUGGAACAGUGGCUGGAGUCUGUGGAUCACAAACUGGAACAACCCAUUCAGCAGGAAAAUGGUCUGAAAGAGAAAUUCAAUCAGUUAGACCACGUCCAGGCAAUCUUGUCAGAUGUGGAAGAUCACUCCACAACUCUUCAUCAUCUUAUUGAGAAGACAAAGGAAUUACAUCAGAAGACUGAGGACCCUUCUUUCUCCGAAAUAGCACAGAAUGAACUAAAAACCCACUUCAACGACAUUAUGACUGUUGCCAAAGAGAAGAUGAAGAAUAUUGAAGACAUUGUGAAGGAUCACUUGAUGUACCUGGAUGCAGUGCAUGAAUUCACUGACUGGCUCCAUUCAGCCAAAGAAGAACUUCACCGCUGGUCAGAUGCCUCAGGAGAUGCUCCUUCCAUCCAGAAGAAAAUGACAAAGGUUCAGGAGCUGAUGAAUUCCAGACAGACCGGGGCUGAACGCUUAAGCAGAGUUGAAACCCUGGCUCCUGCAGUGAAGAAGAAUACCACUGUUAGCGGAUGUGAACACAUGGAUGCAGAGAUCCAAGGCCUGCAGGCAGACUGGAAGCAGUGGGAGGACAGUGUCUGUCAAAGUCAGAACACUUUGGAGACCCUGUUGAGUCAAAUGGCAAUAUCAGAACAAGACUUUACAUCCCGGGUUUCUAAGCUAGAAGAUGCUGUUAAGGACUUCAGUGUCUUUCUGGAAAAAUGGGCACAGAAACUGAGGCAAGGGCAAGGCAAGACUGCAGACAAAGACAUAGUAGAAAACUGGCAAAGGGAGAAGGAUGCCUUAGAUGCUCUUACUGGUGCUGAACAUGUUACAGAUGACUUGAAAACCCAACUGAACGACCUCUGCAAAUUUUCUAAGGAUUUGAGUGUAUAUUCUGCAAAAGUUUCUGCCUUAAUGAAGGAGUACAACAGCCUUUACUUGCAAGCAUCAAAGGGCUGCCAGAAUAAAGAGCAGAUUUUACAGCAAAGAUUCCGAACUGCCUUCCGAGACUUUCAGCAGUGGCUGGUAAAUGCCAAAGUGACGACCGCAAAGUGCUUUGAUAUCCCACAGAGCAUUGAUGAAGCCUCAUCCAGUCUGCAAAAAAUUCAAGAGUGUCUUUCUGAAAGUGAAAGUGGUCAACAUAAACUGCAAACAGUGACAUCUAGAGGUGACCUCCUGUGCAGCAUAGUGCCAGAGGAGAAAGUUAAGACAGUCCAACAGAAAGUCCUUAAUGCUAAAGUCGACUGGAAAAGUUUCAUCUCAUCUCUUCAUCAGAAGGAAUCUGCCUUAGAGAAUUUAAAGAUUCAAAUGAGAGACUUUGAAACGAGUGCCAAGCCAGUUCAGGAAUGGCUUAGCGAUACUGAAAGGAUAGUUCAAGACAGCAAUAAUCGCCUCCACGACCUGCCUUCUAAGAGGAAGGAACAGCAGAAGCUGCAGUCUAUCCUAGAAGAAAUAGACUGUCAUGAGCCACAGAUCACCAGACUUAAAGAGAAAGCUCAGCAGCUGAAGGGAGGACAGUCUGCCAGCAAAAGCUAUGUACACAGGGUGUCUCAGCUGUCUUCACAAUACCUAGCGUUAAACAGUCUAACCAAGGAGAAAAUGUCUAGGAUGGAUCGUAUUGUUUUGGAGCACCAGCAGUUUUCACACGGCCUGGCAGAGCUUCAAGACUGGAUAAAUGAUGCUAUUCACCUACUGCAGUCAUAUUGUCACCCAACCGCUGAUAAAAGUGUCCUGGACAUCAGAAUGUCCAAGCUGGAGACUUUGUUGCUGGUGAAGCAGGAUAAGGAAAUUCAGAUGAAGAUGAUACUAACUCGGGGAGAAUCCGUUCUAAGAAACACAUCACCAGAAGGCACCCUGGCCAUUCAGAACCAGCUCCAGGAACUAAAAGACUCCUGGGCUUCCCUUUUAUCCUCCUGUAUACAAUGCAAAAGUCAACUUGAAGGUGCCUUAUCUAAAUGGACGAGCUACCAGGAUGAUGUCCGUCAAUUCUCCAGCUGGAUGGACAGGGUGGAGGAACGUCUGAAUGAUUCGGAGAAACAGUACAAUGAACUGAAGGAUAAAAUUGCAGCACAAAGCAAAGCUAAUUUACUAAAUGAAGAAGUUUUAAGUCAUGGCAGCUUAUUAGACACCAUAGAAAAGAAGGGAUCCAGCAUGACCGAACAUUACGUUACCCAGCUGGAGCUCCAGGACCUGCAGGAACGCUACAAUACACUGAAAGAGAAGACAAAGGAGGCCAUUUCCAGAGCAGUUAAAAUAGUCUCAGACCACAAAGAUUAUCAGAAUGGGCUUAGAGUGUUUGAACAUUGGCUCCAGCAAAAGACAGAAAAGUUGGACUGUCUAGUCCUGAUUGAUGGUGAUACUGACAUGUAUGAUACUACUCUAAAGGAACUGCAGGAGCUACAGGUGCACUGUGCAGAAGGUCAGGCCCUGCUGAACACUCUGCUGCUCACAAGGGAAGAUGUCAUACCAAUGGGUAUUCCGCACACAGAAGACAGGGAGCUGGAAUCAUUAAGGCAGGACUGGCAAAUUUAUCAGCAGAGACUGGCGGAGACCAGGAGCCAGAUAAAUGCCGCCUUCAGCAAGCUGAAACUGAUGGAGACAAAGUUCCAGCAAACCGAUCAAUGGUUGAUGUCUGUGGAAGGAAAAGUGAAUAUCAGGACAGGGCGUCAGUCAGACAGAGCAACAAAGGAGAUCCAGCUUCAGCAGAUGAAAAAUUGGCAUGAGGAGGUGCUGGUCUACAAGGAGGAGGUUGAAGAGGUUGGGGCGUUGGCCCAGCAGGUGUUGGAGGAAGGCCGGAGUAGCAGCAGAAUGGGCAGUAUGGCCACCCUGCUCACAUCUCGCUAUCAGGCUGUCUGGCUUCAUAUUUUGGAACAAAUCCAAUUCCUUGAGGAAGAGAUCAGAAGUAUAGAGGAGUCUGACCUGGCCAUUAAAUCGUAUACAGACUGGUUUACUGAAGCACAAAAGAACUUCCAAAAUAUUACGGCAAAUAUCGGAGUAGUGGAUAAGCCAGCGUUGGAGAGAAAGAUGAAGAAACUGGAGUUUUUAUUAAGCGAAAUGGACUUGGGUCAUAGACUGCUAAAAUCAGCUCGUGAAAAGGGAGAAAGAGUUCUCAAGUACUUAGCAGGUCUAGAGGCUGAGCAGCUGGAAAGUGAUAUGCAUUGCCAUGUGGAGAAGCUGGAAGACCUGACAAGUUUAAUUCGAAAAGAACACACAGCACUAGAAAAGGGUCUGCAACUAGCCAAGGAGUUCUCAGACAAGUACAAGGUGCAGGCUCAGUGGCUGGCAGCUCAUCAGUCCAUCCUACAAGCUGACGUGGAACCCAAGACUGAGCUGUAUGAGAAGAAGGCCCAGCUAGCUAAGUAUAAGUCCAUACAGCAGACUAUACUUUCAUGUGAGCCAUCCAUCAAACUGGUCAUAGAAAAAGGUGAAGCACUGCAUAGUGUUACCCGUGAUGCCACUGUGGGGGAUAAAAUCCACAAUUUGCAGAAAGGCUAUCAAGGACUAUGCAACAUGGCAAAGAUCAGUGUUGCAGAUUUGGAGGACAAAGUGAAGGAGCACGAGGGCUAUAAUUCCGAGCUGCAGGAUGUGGAGAAGUGGCUGCUUCAGAUGUCUAGCAGACUGGUAACGCCUGAUCUAAUGGAAAGUAGCAAUUUGGAGACAAUUACUCAACACUUGGCAAAUUACAAGGCUAUGAUGGAGGAUAUCGCUGGCUUUGAAGAACGCUUAAACAGUCUUAAACUGAAGGGAGAAACUUUGGUCCUUCAUUGUCCUGAGCAUUUGCAAGCAAAGUUCAAACAAAAUAUCCAAGCCCAUUUGCAAGGGACCAGAGAUAGUUACUCUGCCAUUUGUAGUACUGUCCAGCGAGUAUAUUUAAGUUUAGAAAAUGAACUGCAGAAGCAUGUUAGUCACCAGGACACUUUGCUGCAGUGCCAGGCCUGGUUCUCCUCUGUACAAAAAGAGCUGGAACCUCGCACCAAAGCUCCACUCGGUCUGGCCGAGGCAACAAAACGGGCGAAACACUACAGAACCCUGCAGGAGCAGGCCAACACUUACUUGGAUCUCUUGUGUACAACUUGUGACUUAUCUGAUCUUUCUGUGAAAAAUGUUGCGAUCAACAUUCAGCAAACAAAGCAGACUAUUGAACAGAGAAUGAUUCUGUCUCAUGAUCUAGCUAACGGCUGGGAAGAAGUUAAACAAAUGAAGGCGGAGCUUCAGGCCUAUUUCCAGGAGGCAGGCCAGCAGCUCCAGAACAUGAAGAGGAAACGAGCGGAACUGGAGAUCAAACUGGCACAGAACAUGGUAUCGCAGCUAAAGGAGUUUAGUCAGAAACUUCAGUCCAAGCAAGAUAAGAUUACCAGUUUUACAGAGAAAGUGAAUAAGCUGACGAAUGGGCAGGAGUCACCGGAACAUGUAGAGAUUGGACAGUUAAGCAACCGGUGGCUGGAUUUUUGCUUCCAAAUAAACAAUAUACUUCAGCAAAGAGAGGAAGAUCUGCAGAGAACACGAGACUACCAUGAUCGCCUAAACAUAGUUGAUGUCUUUCUUGAAAAGCUUACUACAGAGUGGGAUAAUUUAGCCAGAUCUGAUACUGAGAGCACAGCGGCACAUCUUGAAGCCUUGAAAACAUUAUCAUAUAUUCUUCAGGAGAGAAGAUUUGCUCUUGAGGACCUCAAGGAGCAAAAACAAAAAAUAAGUGAACAUCUGAAUGUCGAUGACAAAGAAUUAGUUAAGGAGCAGACAAGUCAUUUUGAACAACGCUGGGCACAGCUAGAAGACUUAGUGAAAAAUAAGAUCCUCUCCUGUGCCACCACUUUGGAAGAGUUAAGCUUAGUACAUUCCCGGUUACAGGAGUUAACUGAAUGGGCUGAAGAUCAGCAGCCUACUAUCUCAGAGGCUUUAAAACAAAGUCCUCCACCCGAACUUGCUCAGAACUUGCUUAUGGACCACUUAGCAAUUUGCGGUGAAGUAGAGACCAAACAAAUAAGCCUUAAAAAUGUGUUAAAAGAUGCUGAUAAGAUCAUGGGUAAUCUAGGACUCAAUGAAAGACAACAGCUUCAGAAAGCACUAGCAGAUUCACAAAAACAUAUAGACUAUCUCAGUGACUUGGUCAACCAGAGGAAGAGACACUUGAAUAAGGCUUUGUCUGAAAGGGCACAGUUUUUAAUGGCAGCUUAUCAGGCUUUAAAUCAUAUUCGAUUGCAUGAAAACAAGGUUAUGUUUCAUGAGUAUAUAUGCUUACUUCCAGAUGAUGUAAGCAAGCAAAUAAGAACUUGUAAAAAUACCCAAGCUGGCUUGAAGGCUUACCAGAGUGACCUUAACAGUCUCUGGAACCAGGGCAGGGAACUAAUGAAAGAGGCCACCGAGCAAGAAAAAAAUGAAGUUUUAGUUAAAUUACAGGAACUUCAAAAUGUGUUUGACAGCACUUUGCAGAAAUGCGGGCAGAGACUCAUAGAACUUGAGAAAAGUUUUGUUUCAAGAAAAUAUUUUAAAGAGGAUUUAGACAAGGCAUGUUACUGGGUAAAGCAGGCAGAUGUUCUGACAUUUCCAGAAAUUAAUUUAAUGAAUGAUGACUCUGAAUUAUAUUCACAGCUAUCCAAAUACCAGCAAAUACUAGAACAGGCACCUGAGUAUGAAAACCUUUUGCUUUCACUGCAAAGAAAUGGUCAGGAGAUCCUUCCAUCGCUGAACGAGGUUGAUCGCACAUAUAUAGAUGAGAAACUGAAUUCCUUGCCACAGCAAUGUAAUUAUGUGGUCUCAUUAGCCAAAGAAAAGCUUGGUAAAGUCCAGGAAGCAAUCUACAUCCGCAAGGAAUAUGUCUCAUUGAUUGAUUUGACAAGCAAAGCUUUAAAAGAGCUUGAAGAUAAUUUUUUACUCAUGAACAAAGUUCCAUCCCAUCUUUCAUCUGAGGAGGCUUUGGCACUUCAGCAAGACUACUCAUCUCUAUUAAAUGAAGUUGUAACCCUUAGCACCGCAGUUAACGAACUUAAUAAGAAAAAAGAGAUUUUUCGUAGCACGGGACAACCAUGGCUUCCAGAAGAAAUGCUACAACUUAUGUGUCAGUAUCAUAAUUUAAAAAGAUCCAUAGAACAGAAAGUUAGUCAAUUGACAGAUACUACAGAUGCCUAUCGGAUAUAUGAAGAUCUUUGUUCAAAGCUGAAAAUAAAAUUAGAGGCCCUAAGUAAGGAGUUGGAACUAGUAAACAGGGAAACACUUCCAGCUGAAGACAAACUAAAAAGCUAUCGUACACUGGCGGCCAACCUUCAGGAUGCUGGAACUCUUCUCAGACAAAUUACUGAACAUCUAGAAGACCUUUCUUCAGUUCUUGAGCCGUCAGUUUUUGAGGCUGCAGAUGUCCAGGUUCAGCAGUGGCAAGAACAGUUAAAAUCGUGGCAUGCUGUAAUGAGGGACAGGAUGGGAGAAUGUGAGAAUAGAUUAGUGCAGAGCAUAGACUUUCACAUUGAAGUCAGCCGUACUUUGGAAUGGCUCAGGCAAAUAAAGGUAGAACUGAAUGAACCACUGGCAUUGGAUGGUAAACUUGAAAGCAUCCAGGAGGAGAUUAGAAAGUUACAGAUUCAGCAAGAGGAAAUUGUGUCCACUCUAAGGAUAAUGAAUGCCCUAAGCAACCGGGAAAAGCAGAAGUACCUCAAGGCAAAAGAGUUUGUUCCAGCUGAUCUGGAACAGAGCAUGGUUGAACUAUCUGAACUUGAUCGAGAAGUCAGUGAAGCAAUCAAUGGGAGACAGACCACUCUGGACAAGAUGCACAUCACAAGUCAACGUUACCACCAAGCAUUAAAGUCUACUUCUCAUUGGCUGGAAGAUGCACAGCAGUUACUACAACAGACUGCCAAUGGUGUAGAUAUUGAGAUAGCAGAAAACUGUCUUAGAGACUAUACUGAAUUUUUUAGCACAGAAAACAAAUUAAAUGGACUUGUAGAUGAAGUGCGUAUUCUAGUAACUGAUCUUGAAGGUUGUCUGCAAAAAUCUGGACAGGAUCAACUCAAACAAGCUGUAUCCUCCUUAAAGAAGAAAGAGAAGGAGAUAAAGGAAGAAGCUCAAGCUCAUCUGGAACUGCUGAGAAAAUGUACAGUUCAGUGGCAUUUAUACCAAGAGGAAAAACACCAGGUUGUCAUUUGUUUGAAUGAUGCCGAAAAAAAAUUAUCCAAGUUUUCAGUGGCUAAAGAAGUUUCAUGUCACAAAGCUGAAGAAAAGCUGAUUGCUCACAAGACUUUGUUAUCCUUGGUAAAUUCCUUUCAUGAGAAAAUCACAGCACUAGAAGAAAAAGCAUCAACAAUGGAGAAACUGGGAAAUAAUGCCAGCAAAGCCACCAUAAGCAAGUCAAUGACAACUGUGUGGCAAAGAUGGACCAGGCUACGCAACACUGCACGCGAACAGGAGAAAAUACUGGAGGAAGCUGUGCAGGAGUGGAGGGAACUGAGUGAUAAGAUACAGGAAUCCACCAUAGCAAUUGAUCAGCUACAAGAACACCUACCAGAAAGCUGCACUGAAAAAGCCUCCAAGGCUGAACUGGCUAAGCUGCUGGAGAGUCACGAGGCUUUCUCUCGAGAGUUAGAGCAGCAGCACUCUGCAGUUAGUCAGCUAAAGCAACAUGCAGUCAACGGUGUUCUCCGAGAUGUGGAAACUGAAUCUGCGGGCCCGGAGGACCUGCCAGUCAUUCAAGAAAUAAAAGCCAUGCUCGACAGAUGUUUAAACAUGCAACAGAAAGUAAAGAAAAGCAAGAAGCUGGUAGAGCAGGAACUGAAGGAGCGAGAGGAAGUAGAGCAGGUGUUAAAUGUGGUUAAAGCCUGGAUCAGGGAAACCAAGGACAAUUUAUCAAUACCUGCAGCCGAAACAGAUGUGCAAUUGGAAGAAUUACAGGUUCUCCAUCAGGAAUUAAAUUCUCAUCGUCACAGAGUGGAAAAGUUGUCUGAAGAGCAGCAGAACAAAUAUUUGGAGAUGUACACUAUUUUGCCAUCUGAGCUCUCAUUACUACUUGCUGAAGUGGCACUAGCACUGGCUAAUGUAAAUGAUGAGAUACAAGUGAAACAGAAAGACGCACAACAGAAUCAGAUACUGUACUUGGAGCUACAUCAGCAAAUUACUGAAACUGAAGAAGAGCUGAAUGCAAUUUUAAGAAAACUAAAGGAGAAAGCAUGUGAUGUGUCUCAAGUUAGGAAAGAUCACAAGAUUCUGUGUGAGGGGCUAGAUAAGUGCAACAUCAGGUUGGUGGAACUGGAUGCUGCAGUGCAGGAUUUUGCUGAACAAAGUCCUACCCUGGCAAAGCAACUUGCCGACAAAAUAGGCAAACUUACAGAACUACAGCAGCAAGCCAGUAAGCAGGCUGAACACAGAGCCGGCAAAGUGAAGCAGGCUGUGGUUCAGCUGGAGGAAUACAAUGAAAUGUUAGAAAUUAUUUUGCGGUGGAUAGAAAAAGCAAAAAUGUUAGUACGCAGUCACAUCAGCUGGAAUUCAGCAAGCCAGCUUCGCGAUCAGGCAAUGGCUCACCAGGCUCUGCUGGAAGAGUCAAGAGACAUCCAUAGUGAUCUGGAAGCAAUGAAUGAAAAGAUAGAGUAUUUGUCGAGUGUGUAUCAGUCGGAAGCACUGUGUCAGCAAGUGUCAGAACUCGGACAUCAGACUGAGGAACUUCAGCAAACAAUAAAGCAACGUUUGCAGACGCUCCAGGAUGCAGCAAAGGAUAUGAAGAAGUUUGAAAGUGAAGUCAGAGCCUUACAAACUGCAUUAGAACAAGCACAGAGUACACUUACGUCUCCAGAGCUUGGACGCUUGAGUCUUAAGGAACAGCUAUCUCAUAGACAGCACCUGCUUUCCAAAUUGGAGUCUUUGAAACCAAAAGUCCACGCUGUCCAAGUCUGCCAAAGUGGUCUUAGAAUCCCUGAAGAAGUAGUCACUAGCCACCCUAUAUGUCGCACUGCUGUCAGGCUGCAAGAGGAGUCCAGUCGUCUUCAGCAUACAGCUAUCCAACAGUGCAAUAUUAUGCAGGAGGCAGUGAUCCUUUAUGAACAAUAUGAGCAGGAAAUGAAGCAUUUGCAGCAUCUAAUUGAAGAGGCACAUCGGGAGUUACAAGAUGCAAAAAUAACAACCAGUAACAUCCAGGAACUACAGAUCCAGAUAAAACGGCAUGAGGAGCUGGCGAAGAGAAUCAAAGGCUACCAGGAGCAGAUAGCGUCACUCAAUUCCAAGUGUAAGAUGUUAACAAUGAAAGCCAAACACGCAACAAUGCUGCUGACUGUGACUGAAGUGGAGGGACUGACAGAGGGAAUGGAAGAACUGGAUGCUGAACUCCUCCCUGCACACUCUGCUCAUCCGUCUGUUGUUAUGAUGACCGCUGGUCGCUGUCACACUCUACUGUCACCUGUUACUGAGGAAUCAGGGGAGGAGGGUACCAACAGUGAGAUUUCCUCUCCACCGGCCUGUCGUUCUCCUUCACCUGUGGCUAAUACAGAUGCUUCUGUUAACCAGGACAUUGCUUAUUACCAGGCCUUAUCUGCUGAACAAUUGCAGACAGAUGCUGCCAAGAUCCAACCCAACACAGCUUCACCUCAAGAAAUGUAUGAGCCGGGCAUGGAGACAGCUGCUAACGCCAAGUUAGAUGACCUACAGCGAUCCUGGGAAACACUGAAGAAUGUGAUUAGUGAAAAGCAGCGGACUUUAUAUGAAGCUCUGGAAAGGCAGCAACGAUACCAAGAUUCUCUCCAGUCUAUUUCCACCAAAAUGGAGACCAUUGAAGUAAAACUCAAUGAGAGUCUGGAGCCCGGCAAGACCCCUGAAAGUCAGAUGGCUGAGCACCAGGCUCUCAUGGAUGAGAUUUUAAUGUUGCAAGAAGAGAUAAGCAAGUUACAAGCAUCUUUUGCCGAAGAACUAGUGUCAGAAUCUCUGGAUUCUGAAACAGCGGAUCAGUUAGCUCUGCAAUCUACUCUAACAGUCUUGGCAGAGAGAAUGUCCACCAUCAGAAUGAAAGCUUCUGGAAAACGUCAACUCCUAGAGGAGAAAUUGAAUGAACAGCUGGAAGAGCUGCGCCAUGAGCAAGCCCUGCAGAGGUACCGCAGUGAAGCAGACGAGCUGGAUCUCUGGCUGCUCAGCGCCAGGGCUACAUUGGACAAUGUGUUGCUUGCUUUUGAAGAACCCAUGGAUGUGGAGACACAGCUCAUUGAUUGCCAGAACAUGCUGCUGGAAAUUGAACAGAAGGUGGUAGCUCUGUCUGAGCUCUCCGUACAUAAUGAGAACUUAUUAAUGGAAGGAAAGUCCCACACUAAGGAGGAAGCUGAACAGCUAGCCAUGAAACUGAGGACUUUGAAGGGCAGCCUUUUAGAAUUGCAAAGGGUUCUUCAGGACAAGCAGAUUAGCAUUCAGGCUAAGCUAGCAUGGGGCGAGAUGAAAGCACACAAGAAAGCAGAACAUGGAACAUUUCAUGAAAAGGAAGAGUCAGAAUCAGAGCUGUCUUCUUCUCAAAGUCCCAGCGUACAGGAAUGGUUGGCUCAGACACGGACUACACGUUCAAUGCAAAAGCAGAAUAGUCUUCAGAAACAGAAGGAGCUGGAACAAGAACUUGCUGAGCAGAAGAAAUUAUUGCAGUCAGUUGCAAGUCGUGGAGGUGAAAUUAUAAAUCAGCAGACGGCUUCUGAUUGGUCAAAUGUUAGUGAUGGACCAGAUACCCUGUCUAGAGAAUUAGGCUUAGAAGGCAUGAAACCAACAUCACAGGACCAGAUGAGAAUGAAAUGGGAAAGUCUGCACCAGGAGCUCAGCACCAAAGAGAAACUAAUGCACAAUGCUUUACAGCAGGAACAGGAGCAGCCGUUUUUCAGCAAAACGAACAGAAAUAUUUCUGGGGUGCCUUUUUACAAAGGAGACAAGCAAGUUCAAGAUAAAUCAUCAGUAGUCAACAUUUUGGAUGGGUUAAACCAAGCACUGGAAGAUGUAUCCUCCCAGAAUGGGGCUGGUGAAAAGAAGAUUCUUCCUCUGGAGAAAAAAUUGUAUGAUGCUGUCUCAGCUACUUCUACGUGGUUGGAUGAUGUGGAGGAACGUUUAUUUGUACAAACAGCAAUCCAACCAGAAGAGAGAGAAACAUGCCUUUACCAUGAGACGUUAGCAAAAGACAUUAAAGAGAUGAGUGAAGAAAUGGACAAAAACAAGAAUCUAUUUUUCCAAACGUUCACAAGCAGUGGGGACUACCAGGAGAUGAUAGAGGACACAUUAUAUUGCCUUCUAAGAAGACUAAACUCUUUAGAGUCAGUUGUUAACCACAGAUGUUAUCAGAUGAAAGAAAGAUUACAGGAUCUCCUGACUUUCCAGAAUGAUUUGAAGAUUCUAUUUACCACCUUGGCGGAUAGCAAAUACAUCAUACUGCACAAACUGGCUGAGGCAGCGGAGAGACCUGCAAAAGACCAGAUGCAGGCAAUUCUACAAGCAGAGGAUAGUUUAAAAGAAUUGGAUACUGAAAUUAAUGAGCUGAAAAAGUGUGGAGACAAGCUGCAAGUUGAUCAGCCAUCAAUGCAAGAACUAUCAAAACUUCAGGAUACCUAUGAUGAGUUGAUAAUGAUUAUCAGCUCACGGAGAACUGGGCUGAACCAGAACCUGGCUUUGAAAAGUCAAUGUGAGAGAGCCCUACAAGAUCUAGCUGACCUGAUCGAAACAGGACAGGAGAAGAUGUCAGGAGGACAGAAGUGCAUUGUUUCCACCAGAUAUGAGGUCCAUGUGAUGCUAGACAAGCAUAAGGAGUAUUUCCAAGGCUUGGAGUCCCACAUGAUCCUCACAGAAACACUUUUCAGAAAAAUCAGCAGCUACGCAUUGCCAAGGGAGGCUCAGCGUCACUCAGACUUGAUGGCAAGGGCAUCAGCUGUACUAAAACAAGCGCACAAGAGGGGUGUGGAGCUAGAGUACAUACUAGAGACAUGGAUGUGUUUGGAUGAAAAAUACCAAGCAUUGAGCAGGCAACUGGAAGUAAUUGAAAGUAACAUACCUGUUGUGGGUCUGGUGGAAGAAUCAGAAGAAAGACUAACAGAAAGAAUAAAACUGUAUCAGUGCUUCAAGUCAAGCUUAGCAGAUCACCAACCGAGGCUCUACCAGGUUUUGGAAGAUGGGAAAAGACUUCUUAUGUCUGUGAACUGUUCCGAACUGGAAAUCUUACUGAAUCAUUUGGGGGAUCAGUGGUUGAACAACACCAGCAAAGUUUCCAAAGAACUGAACCGAUUGGAGAAUAUACUCAAACACUGGACAAGAUAUAAAAAUGAGUCUUCUGAGCUGCUCCACUGGCUGCGGUCUGCGAAGGAUAGGCUGGAUUUUUGGACUGAACAAUCUGUUACUGUCCCUCAAGAGCUGGAGACCGUCAGAGAUCAUUUGAAUGCCUUCUUGGAAUUCUCUAAAGAAGUUGAUGCCAAAUCCUCAUUAAAAUCAUCUGUCCUGAGCACGGGGAACCAACUACUUCGUCUGAAAAAAGUGGACACAGCCUCAAUUCGCUCAGAACUGGCACAGAUAGAUAACCAAUGGAUGGAGCUCCUCACGCAUAUCCCGGUGGUACAAGAGAAACUCCAUCAACUGCAAAUGGACAAGCUUCCUUCCCGCCACGCCAUUACGGAAGUCAUGACUUGGAUCUCACUGAUGGAAAAUGUCAUUAAAGAGGAUGAAGAGAAUAUCCGGAAUGUUGUGGGCUGUGAAGCCAUUGAAGAAUAUCUCUUGAAAUAUAAGGGCUUUAAGAUUGACAUAAAUUGUAAGCAGCUGACCGUGGACUUUGUGAACCAGUCAGUGCUGCAGAUCAGCAGUCAGGAUGUGGAAAGCAAGAGAAGCGACAAGACGGACUUUGCAGAAAAGCUGGGGGCUAUGAACAGACGAUGGCAGAUCCUGCAAGGCUUAAUAUCAGAAAAGAUCCAGCUGUUGGAGGGAUUGCUGGAGUCAUGGACGGAAUAUAAAAACAAUGUGCAGAUCCUAGAAUCCUGGUUUGAGAAGCAAGAGAAGAAGUUGCAGAAACAAAGUAUUGGUGAUCAGAACUCAGCGCAAAACAUAUUAAAAGAAUGCCAGGAUCUUGAAGAGUCAAUCAAGGUCAAAGAGAAAGACUUGGAGAAGGUUGGGCAGAGCGGACUUGCAUUAAUUCAUAAUAAAAAGGAAAAAGUGACUGCUAUAAUCAUGGAUACCCUCAACAAACUUAACCAGUCGUGGGCAAAUUUGGACAUUAAGGUGCGUCAGCUAAAGAUAUUGUUACAGUCAGUACUUGAUCAGUGGAGCAUUUACAAGGAGGUUUAUGAAGAGCUAAACACCUAUUUGAUGGAAGCCAGGUAUUCUCUGUCCCGCUUCCGACUCUUGACAGGAUCAAUGGAAGCAGUGAAGGUCCAAGUGGACAGCUUACAGAGCUUACAGGAAGAGUUGGAGAAGCAUGAGGCGGUUUUAGACAAGUUUGGUUCUGUAACUAACAAGCUUCUGUCUGAAUGUAACUCCUCUCUUGCAGAAAAUCUCAAGAGCACUUUAAAAGAGGUUACCACAAGGUGGAAUAGUUUAUUAGAGGAUAUUUCAGAACAGUUGCACUCAAGCAAGACUCUACUGGAACUGUGGCAGAAAUACAAAGAUUUCUGCGCUCAGUGUACGGCUGCUGUUCAGCAGCAAGAGGAUCGCACCAAUCAGCUGCUGAAGACUGCCACCAACAAAGACAUAGGAGAUGAGGAGAUUGCUACUUGGAUAGAGGACUGUAAUGUGCUUUUGAAAAACUUGGAUUCUGCAAGAAGUUCAUUGGUUGUUCUUCAGAAGACAGGAGAGCAGCUCAAACAGCAGGUGGAUUCAUCUGCAGCUGCAACCAUCCUAUCUGACCACCUUUCCCUGAGCCAGCGCUUGUCAGUACUGGAGCAGGCUCUCCUACGCCAGCAGGCCAUCCUUCAGGCUGGAGUCCUAGAUUAUGAGACAUUUGUAAAGAGUCUUCAAGACCUUGAAACAUGGAUUGUUGAUGCAGGAGAUGUUUUAAAUGGACAAGACCCAAACCGUUCCUCAGAUCUCUCCACCAUUCAGGAUAGGAUGGAGGAACUGAAAAGGCAGAUGUUGAAAUUUAGCAGCCUGGCUCCAGACUUAGAUCGCCUCAAUGAGUUAGGAUACAGAUUACCAUUGAACGACAAGGAAAUCAAACGCAUGCAGUGUUUAAACAGAAACUGGACAAUAUUUUCCUCUCAGACAACAGAGAGGUUCAGCAAGUUGCAGUCCUUCUUACUGCACCAUCAGACCUUCCUGGAGAAAUGUGAGACAUGGAUGGAGUUCUUGAUCCAGACAGAGCAGAAGCUUGCUGCAGAGAUCUCUGGAAACUACCAAAGCCUCCUAGAACAGCAGAGGGCACACGAGCUAUUUCAAGCAGAAAUGUUUAGUCGCCAACAGAUUUUACACUCAAUAAUCAUCGAUGGGCAGAGGCUGCUGGAGCAAGGACAAGUGGAUGAUAGGGAUGAAUUCAACCUUAAACUAGCCCUUUUGAGUAACCAAUGGCAAGGAGUGAUCCGUCGGGCUCAACAGAGAAAAGGAAUCAUCGAUAGCCAGAUACAUCAAUGGCAGCGUUACAGGGAGAUGGCAGAAAAACUGCGAAAGUGGCUGGUGGAAAUGUCCUAUCAGCCAGUGACUGGGCUGGGAAGUAUUCCAAUACCACUGCAACAGGCCAGAACCCUUCUAGAUGAAGUCCAGCUUAGGGACAGAGUACUGCACAGACAACAAGGCAGCUACAUCCUGACUGUGGAGGCUGGGAAGCAGCUGCUUCUCUCUGCUGAUAGCGGGGCGGAGGCUUCCUUACAGGCAGAACUCAUUGACAUUCAGGAGAGAUGGAAGGCCACCACAGUGAGGCUGGAAGAGCAGAAGAAACAGCUUGCAUUUUUGCUAAAAGACUGGGAGAAGUGUGAAAAGGGAAUAGCAGAAUCCUUGGAGAAACUGAGGACAUUCAGGAAGAAUCUCUCUCAGCCCCUCUCUGAUCACCACGAUGAGCUGCAUACAGAACAGAUCCGCUGCAAGGAACUUGAAACUGCAGUGGAAGGGUGGGUUGAGGACCUUGCUCAUUUGACAGAGCUGAAGAACACUUUUUCACCCUUUAUCAAUGCAGAUGAUAUAUCUAUUCUUAAUGAGCGUAUUGAAUUGCUGCAGAGACAGUGGGAGGAACUUUGUCAUCAGGUCUCUCUGCGGCGACAACAAGUCAGUGAGAGGCUUAAUGAGUGGGCCAUUUUCAAUGAAAAGAACAAGGAGCUGUGUGAGUGGUUAACGCAGAUGGAAAGCAAGGUUUCUCAGAAUGGAGACAUCAGCAUAGAAGAGAUGAUUGACAAACUGAGAAAGGAUUACCAGGAAGAAAUUGCAGUUUUCCGGGAAAACAAAAUGCAGCUGCAACAAAUGGGGGAGAGACUUGCCAAGGCCAGCCAUGAGACCAAAGCAUCAGAGAUUGAGUACAAGCUGAGCAAAGUGAACGAUAGGUGGCAGCAUCUCCUAGACCUUAUUGGAGCGAGAGUGAAGAAACUAAAGGAGACGUUGGUUGCAGUACAACAGUUGGAUAAGAACAUGAGCAGCCUGAGAUCAUGGCUGGGUCACAUUGAAUCUGAGCUGUCCAAGCCCAUCGUCUAUGAAACUAGUGAUUCUGAAGAGAUACAAAGGAAACUAAAUGAGCAGCAGGAGCUGCAGAGAGACAUAGAGAAACACAGUACGGGCGUUGCAUCAGUUCUGAAUCUCUGCGAAGUUCUUCUCCAUGACUGUGAUGCUUGUGCCAACGACACGGAGUGUGAUUCCAUCCAGCAGGCCACUCGCAGUCUAGACCGCAGAUGGAGGAAUAUCUGUGCCAUGUCUAUGGAGAGGAGGCUCAAAAUUGAUGAAACCUGGAGACUUUGGCAGAAAUUCCUGGAUGACUUCUCACGGUUUGAAGAUUGGCUUAACAUUUCCGAACGUACAGCUGCCUUCCCAAGUUCAGCCGGUGUGCUCUACACAGUGGCUAAAGAAGAGCUGAAAAAAUUUGAGGCUUUCCAAAGACAAGUUCAUGAGAGUCUAACUCAGCUGGAGCUUAUAAAUAAGCAGUAUCGGCGCCUGGCUCGGGAAAACCGCACUGACUCAGCAUGUAAGCUAAAGCAGAUGGUCCAUGAAGGAAACCAGCGGUGGGACAACUUGCAGAAGAGAGUAACAUCCAUUCUCAGGAGAUUGAAGCACUUUAUUGGCCAGCGAGAAGAAUUUGAGACUGCACGUGACAGCAUCUUAGUGUGGCUCACAGAGAUGGACCUUCAGCUAACCAACAUUGAGCAUUUCUCUGAAUGUGAUGUGCAGGCAAAAAUUAAACAGCUCAAGGCCUUUCAGCAAGAGAUUGCCUUAAACAACAAUAAGAUCGAUCAAAUUAUUACCCAAGGUGAACAACUCCUAGAAAAAAGUGAGCCCCUUGAUGCGGCUGUUAUUGAGGAAGAGCUGGAUGAACUCCGGAGAUAUUGCCUAGAGGUCUUUGGUCGCGUUGAAAGAUAUCAUAAAAAGCUUAUCCGUCUUCCGCUGACCGAUGAUGAGCAUGACUUCUCUGACCGAGAAGUGGAUGGAGAUGAAACCACAGAUCUGUCUGAUCUACAAUGGCACACCAAGAGUACUGGUGGCCUUCUAUCACCUCUACCCUCAUCAAACCACUCAUUGUCACUGAUUGUUCCUAUGAGGAGUGAAAGAUCAGGUCGGGACACUCCUGCAAGCGUGGACUCUAUCCCUCUGGAAUGGGAUCACGACUAUGACCUUAGUCGGGACUUAGAGACAGCAGUUUCUCAAGCACUACACUCAGAUGAAGAAGACGAACGUGACAACAAUUACUUCCUUCAAGGAGCAGUUGGUUUAUCCGAUAUAGAAAUUCCUGAAAGCCCUGAAGCCUAUGUUAAACUUACUGAAAAUGUUCUGAAAAAUUGCACUGGAGAUUCCGGUUUGUUAGAAACACAGAUUCGUCAACUAGACAAAGCAUUGGAUACCAGCCGCUUUCAUCUACAGCAGACUGAGAAUGUAAUUCGCAGCAGGACACCCACUGGUCCUGAAUUAGACUCCAGUUACAUGGGAUACAUGAAGCUUCUUGGAGAGUGUCGGGGCAGCAUAGACACUGUGAGGCGAGUAAGCGAGAAACUGAAAGAGGAAGAAGAAAAGAUAUCUGGCUUCAUUAAUUUGAAUAGUACAGAGACACAGUCUGCUGGUGUUAUCGAGCGAUGGGAACUAAUCCAUGCACAAGCCCUUAAUAAGGAACUCAGAAUGAAGCAAAAGCUCCAGCAGUGGCAGCAAUUUAUAUCAGACCUCAAUAACGUUUGGGAUUGGCUGGGAGACACAGAGGAGGGGCUUGAGCGGCUGCGCCACCUUGAUGCUAGUACCGAUAUACAAACUAUUGAACAAAGAAUCAAGAAACUGAAGGAAAUACAGAAGGCAGUAGAUAGUCGGAAAGCUAUUGUCCUGUCCAUUAACCUUUGUAGCUCAGAGUUCACUCAGGCAGAUACCCCAGAAAGCAAGGAACUUCAAGAACGCCUGGGCCAAAUGAACUUACGAUGGGACCAUGUGGGCAGCACAUUAGAGGACUGGCGCUGCUCACUACAAGAUGCUUUAAUGCAGUGCCAGGACUUCCAUGAAAUGAGCCAUGGGCUGCUACUUUGGCUUGAAAACAUUGACCGCAGAAGAAGUGAAAUCCUUCCAAUAAAUCCCCACCUAGAUGCUGACACUCAACAGGAACACCUCAAGUUAUUGACGCAAAUCAAACGUGAGCUGCUCGAGUCGCAGUUAAAGGUGGUAUCUCUGCAAGAUAUGUCCUGCCAGUUACUUGUCAAUGCAGAGGGCAAGGAUUGCCUUGAAGCCAAAGAGAAGGUGCAUGUAAUUGGGAACAGACUCAAAGUGCUCUUGAAGGAAGUCACUCGUCACAUAAAAGAAAUUGAGAAAAUUCUGGACAUUUCAAGCAGUCAGCUGGAGCUGUCCUCGUGGUCUUCCGCAGAUGAGUUGGAUACUUCUGGUUCCCUCAGUCCUGUGUCUGGCAGAAGCACCCCCAGCAGGCAGAGAACGCCACGGGGCAAAUGUAGUGUCUCACAGCCUGGACCCUCUGUCAACAACCCACCUAGCAGGUCCAAAGGCGAUGGCUCAGGUUCCUGCCAUUCUGAAGCCAACUUGGCUGAAAGACACCAAUCUUUCUUUCUCAGAGUUCUACGUGCAGCGUUUCCACUUCAGCUUCUUCUGCUGCUUUUAAUUGGUCUUGCCUGUCUUGUACCAAUGACUGAAGAAGACUACAGUUGUACUCUGUCCAAUAACUUUGCACGGUCCUUCCACCCAAUGCUCCGAUACACCAAUGGGCCACCACCUAUAUAACAAUGUUGUUUAACAGAGCUCACUCUGGAUUUUGUAUGAGCUUUUGCCAGAUUUAAUUGCACUUAUUAUGACAACAUUUGUUCCCUGUAUAACCGUUGAACAUUACACAGUUAUGAGAGUUAUGCUAUAUUAGUCACGCCAUGCUGUGUUCCACAAGUAACAGAGUUUGGUAGAUAAAAAGUACUGAAAAAAUGACGUCAAUUUUUACCCACAAAUCAUUUGCUCUUUCCCUGAAAACUAUGCAUAGCUAAGUUUCAUAUUUAUGUCAUCUCAUCCAUAAUAACUAACAAACUGGUAGCUAAUUUCCAAUGAGAGCAUUAUCAGUAUUUCACAAAGAGUUUGCAAUUAUGAUGCUAUUUUAGAUGCUUGUAAUAUAAAAUUUUAAAGAACUUAUAUGGCAAAUAUUUUUUUACUUUUCUCUGUGGCAUUUUUGGUUUAGGGGCUUUCUGUGUGGGGGUUUUGUGUGGGAAGCAUGAAUUAACUGUAAACUCUGCUUUAAGUAUGGAAGAUGUACAAAUGGAAAGCAUUUUUUUAAGCUAUAUAACUGGAUGUAAGAAAUGAAAUAAUGACCUAAAAAUAGAACAAUCUAUGAAACGUCAAGAGAAAAUAUUAUUUAUGUAUGUACAGUUUGCUAAGCUGAGUUAUGUUUGUAUUGAUUUCUUCCAAUUAUAGAUAUUGUAAAAGAUAA